AUGGCAACGACAACAAACUCCAAUAAUCUAUUAUUGCCUAUGGAUAUUCAGCAAAAAUUACAAGAACUUGAACUUGAAUUAGCCGAAGGUGAUAUAACACAAAAAGGUUUUGAAAAGAAACGUACUAAAUUAUUAACACCAUAUCAACAACAAUUAAAUGAAAUUCAAAUUAUGAAUAAUACGAAUAAUAAUAAUAAUAAUAAUGAAAAAUCUUCAAAUAGACCAUCAAAAAUUCAAUGUCGACGACAAAAACGUGAUGGUUAUAAUCGAUAUCAUUCAGAUGUUCGUCAAGAAGCAGUUAAACAAGCAUUAGAACAAUACGGAGCUCGUCCUAUUCCAUCAUCAAAACGUAUUAUUAAUUCUCAAACAAAACAUGAAUCUAGUGAUGAUGAAGAUGAUGAUGGAGAAAGUAGUUCAACAUAUGCAACAACAACUGAUGAUCAACAAAAUAAAGAUUCAUCUGUUUCACCUGUUCCUCCUAUUCCAAUACAAAAUCAUCAUUAUCAAAAUCCACCAUCAGUUGAAUUGAUUAUUAAACAUAUUCAAGCACCACCACCACCAUCAGCAUUUUUAUCUGAUUUUAUUCAUCGUAGUCAAGAACCAUCAUUAUCGAAUAUUGAAUGUGAUUUAACACGUAGUGCUGGUGCACGUUAUCGUGAUUCAAAUUCCGAUUAUGUUAAUACAAGUCAACAACAUUAUGUAUUAUAUGGUGAUCGAAAUACAUUGAUGGAUUCACCGAAAUCUAUAACAAAUUCAAUCAAUCAUCAAAAUGAAGAACGUAAACCAAGCUUACGUGUUUCAUCGAAAAUUCUUGCCCUUGUUAAUACAUUAAAACGUCCAAAACGUAAGCCAAUGAAAGAAUAUUAUGAAGAUAAUGAAGAAGAAUUAGCUAUUCCACCAAUUGAUCCACUUUCACCGAAGCCUGAAGGUGGAAUAUCAGUCCCAUCAUGUGGUGAACAAUUGAUUGUUUCAUCACAAUGGCCAAAAACAUUUCUAGCUGCACUACAACAACAUGCUAUUCAACAGCCACGUACCAAUGCAAUUACAAUACUUGAUGAACAAACAAAACCUUCACAAACACUUACAUUUCUUAAACUAUUAACACGUUCACAAAAAAUAGCUUAUAAUUUACUUCAUAAAGUUCAUUCACAUGGCAAUACUGGUAGUAAUUCACGAGAAAAUUUACUUAAAUCAGGCGAUCGUGUUGCUCUUGUUUAUUCAAGUAAUGAUCCAAUAAAUUUUAUUUGUGCUUUUUAUGGUUGUUUACUUGCUGGGAUUGUUCCAUUACCCAUCGAUGUUCCAUUAGCACGACGAGAUUGGCUUUCACAACGUAUUGGUAUUCUACUUGGUCAAUUAUCAAUUAAAGUUGCCUUAACAUCUGAUUCAUGUUAUCGUCAAUUACCAAAAGUUCAACAACAUAAUUCAAAUUCAUCAUCAACAAAUUUAAAUGAAAUUAUUUCAUUUAAAGGUUGGCCUAAUUUAAUAUGGUUUAUAACUGAACAUUUACCAAAACCACCAAAAGAUUGGACAGUUAAUGAUAUAUCACGUACAUUAUAUGAAACAACACCAGCAUAUAUUGAAUAUACAUCUGUUAAAGAUGGUAGUAUUGUUGGUGUUACAAUUAAUUAUGAACAAUUAUUUGUACAUACACAAACACUUGUUAAUGCAUGUAAAUAUUCAUCAACAGAUAUAUGUUUAUGUUGUGUAGAUUUUAAACGUCAAAUUGGUUUAUGGCAUACAAUACAUGCAAAUAUAUUAUCUGGUAUGCAAGUUAUAUUUAUUCCAACAUCAAUACUUAAAUCUCAACCAUCAUCAUGGUUAUUAUCAAUAACAAAAUAUCAUAUUACAACAGCCAUUGUACGUUCACGUGAUAUGCAUUGGGCUGUAUUAUCAUUACGUGAAAUGAAUAAUUUAUCAUCAACAAUAAAUUUAUCAUCAUUACGUUUGUUAAUAAUAAGUGAUGGUUCAAAUCCAUGGUCAUUAACAGCUGUUGAUACAUUUUUAUCAACAUUUAUGUCACGUGGUCUUCGUUCUGAUUGUUGUUGUCGUGGAAUACUUUCAAUGCAUGCAUUAAGUUAUGGUGUUGUACGUGUUGAUCAGGAUAAUAGUUUAACAUCAUUAACUAUACAAGAUGUUGGACAUGUAUUACCUGGUGCGAUUAUUGGUAUUGUUAAAAUUGAUGGACCACCAUUACUUUGUCAAACAGAUGAAAUUGGUGAAGUUGUUAUAUCAUCAAAAGCAACACCAAAUGGUUAUUGGGCAUUACCAGGCUUAUCAACAAAUGUUUUUAAAGUAAUACCAUUAGGUUCAGAUGAAAGACCAAUUGGUACACAAGAAUUUGUUCGAUCUGGUUUACUUGGAUUUCUUGGACCGGGUGGUCUUUUAUUUGUAACUGGUAGUCGUGAAGGUUUAAUGCAAGUUGCUGGACGUAAACAUAAUAGUGAUGAUUUAAUUGCAACAGCUUUAGCUGUUGAACCAAUGAAAGUUGUUUAUCGUGCACGUGUUGUUAUUUUUUCAAUACGUGUUUUACGUGAUGAAAGAAUAAUUAUUGUUGCUGAACAACGACCAGAUAUUGGUGAAGAUGAAUGUUUUCAAUGGAUGAGUCGUGUAUUACAAGCUAUUGAUUCAAUACAUCAAGUUGGAAUUUAUUGUCUUGCUUUAUGUCCAGCAAAUACAUUACCUAAAACUCAUUCGGGUACAAUUCAUGUUCAAGAAACACGCCGACGUUUACUUGAAGGAAAUUUACAUCCAUGCUCAGUUCUUAUGUGUCCACAUUCAUGUAUACUUAAUUUACCUAAACCACGUGAACAUCAUCCUGAACGAGAAGUUGGUCCUGGUGCUAUUUUAGCAGGUACAAUUAUUCAAGGCAUGCGUUUAGCUGAAGCCAAAGGUGCUGAUAUGAUUUUUAAUGAUGAUCAAGAUACAUCUGAACAAGGAAAAAAACUGCAAUAUAUUGAUGAUAUUCUUCGAUGGCGUUCAAUAACAAUGUCAGAUCAUGUACUCUAUUCAGUUAUUAAUGCAAAAGGACAAGAAUCAACAAGUGUAACAUGUUUAGCAUUGCAUAAACGUAGUGAACGUAUUGCAUUAACAAUUCUUGAACGUAUUGAAAUAAAAUCAUCUGAUCAUAUUGCUUUAUUAUAUCCACCAUGUGUAGAUCUUGUGUCAGCAUUUUAUGCUUGUUUAUAUAUUGAUGUUGUACCAGUAGCUAUUCGACCACCACAUGCACAAAAUCUUCUUAAUACAUUAUCAACUGUUAAAAUGAUGGUUGAAUUAAGUAAAGCAAAAGUUAUUGUAACAAAUAGUUCGAUUGCAAAAUUACUUCGAUGUAAAGAAGCUGCAUCAUUACUCGAUCCAAAAUUAUGGCCAUUGAUAAUUGAUACAGAUGAUUUACCUAAACAAAAGAAAAAUCAAGUACUCCCAAAAAAAUCAAUACCAACACAAGCUCAAUCACUUUGUUAUUUGGAUUUUAGUAUUUCCACAACUGGUUCAUUAACUGCUGUUAAAUUGUCGUAUGGUGCUGUAGCUAAUUUAUGUCGUUCAAUUAAAUUAGCUUGUGAAUUGUAUCCAAGUAGAGAAAUUGUUCUUUGCUUGGAUCCAUAUAAUGGACUUGGCUUAGUACUUUGGUGUGUAAUCAGUAUCUAUGCUGGUCAUCAUUCAAUUCUUAUUGAUCCAGCUGAACUUGAAGUGAAUCCAUCAGUGUGGAUGAAUACAAUUAGUCAUUAUAAAAUUCGUGAUACUUUUUGCUCCUACUCGGUGAUGGAACUUAGUACAAAAGGAUUGAGUACAUCAAUUGUUGAUCUCAAAAAUCGUGGUUUAUCAUUAUCAUGUGUUCGAACAUGUGCAGUUGUAGCAGAAGAACGACCUCGUUUACAAUUAUUAAAUUCAUUUAUUAAAUUAUUUCAAACAUUAGGUCUUAAUCCUCGAACUGUUAGUACAACAUUUGGUUGUCGAGUCAAUAUUGCAAUUUGUUUACGAGGAGCAAGUGAUCCUGAUCCAGCUCCUGUAUAUGUUGAUCAACGAGCAUUAAGAAAUGAUCGUGUAACUCUAGUCGAAAAAGGUAGUCCACAUAGUUUAUGUUUAUUAGAAUCAGGAAAACUUUUACCGGGUGUUAAAGUCGUUAUUGCUAAUCCGGAAAGUAAAGGUCAAUGUGCAGAUGCACAUUUAGGUGAAUUAUGGGUUCAAAGUGGUCAUAAUUCACUUGGUUGUCAGAUAAUUAGUUAUGGUGACAAUCACCAACAUCAUGGAUCUAAUCAUAAUUCAGAUCAAUUUUAUUCACAUUUGGCGACGGGUGAUACACGACAAUUAUAUGCUAGAACAGGAUAUUUAGGUUUUGUUCGUCGAACAGAUUCAAUUGCUGCAGAUGGAAAAAAUCACGAUGCUGUCUAUAUGGUCGGUUCUCUCGAAGAAACACUUCUUAUUCGUGGUAUGCGUUAUCAUCCAAUUGAUAUUGAAAAUACAGUUAUGCGUACACAUAAACGCAUUUGUGAAUGUGCUUGUUUUACUUGGACCAAUUUACUUGUAGUAGUUGUUGAAUAUGAUGGUCUUGAACAACAUUCACUUGAUCUUGUACCACUUAUAACAAGUGCAAUUCUUGAAGAACAUUAUGUGAUUGUUGGCGUUCUUGUCAUUGUUGAUCCGGGUGUUGUACCGGUCAAUUCACGUGGUGAAAAACAACGUAUGCACUUACGUGAUGGUUUUGUAUCGGAUCAACUUGAUCCUAUAUUUGUUGCUUAUAAUAUGUAG